CGUUAUCCAGAUAAAAAUAGAAAUAUUUAAAUUCACAGCGUAAUCGAUCGAUUACUUGACUAGGAUUAAUCAGUUAACACCAAACUACUGUUGACAAAUAUUACGUAAUAAAAAUGAGCUACGAAAAUGAAAAAGAUAAACCUGACAUUGCAACAGGAUUCAACGACAUGCAACGAACCUUGAAUACGUUCGAUUUAGGUGAAAUAAAAAUGGCAAUAGAAUACUAUAAAUCAAAAUUGGUUGAAUGUCGUAACGACUACCAGUCCACAGAGAUGGAGAUCUUCAACGUGAAUCAUAUGGCAAAUAAAGGAUUAUUUAUACUGAAAGACAUGGAAAUAAAAUACAAAGAUCUCGAGGUAGAGUUGGAUAAAGUCCACUGUGAAUAUAUAAAAUGUGUUCAGAAUGUAAACAAUUACGAAGAAACUGUUCACCAAAAAGUUAAUUCUUUAACACUGAAAAGAGAUAACUUGAAAAAAGAAUUGACGGACUUAAAGAAUGUUGCAGAUGAAAAUGACAAAAAAUUGAUAGAAAUAAGAAAUAUGAUCACCGUUCAAGAAAAAAAAAACAUCGCGCUGUUACGAAAAUUGAAGAAAAUAGUGGAAAGGACAAGCAUUACGCCAGAUUUGAAGGGAAGAGCAAAUGCAAUUCUAUCUGAUCCUAGAGUCACUAAACGUUUCUAAUUAAAU